CAACAGCUCCUCCACAAUGAGCCAGCUCUCGAUCGCGGGCGAGCGCGUCUCCGGCCAGGAGGUGCGCACGCAGAACGUGACGGCGGCGCUCUCUGUCGCCAACGUCGUCAAGUCGUCGCUCGGCCCUGUCGGCCUCGACAAGAUGCUGGUUGACGACCUCGGCGAGGUGACCAUCACCAACGAUGGCGCGACCAUCCUGGACCAGCUGGAGGUGGAGCACCCGGCGGCCAAGGUGCUGGUGCAGCUGUCCGAGAUGCAGGACAAGGAGGUCGGCGACGGCACCACCUCGGUCGUCAUCCUCGCCGCCGAGCUGCUCAAGCGCGGCAACGAGCUCAUCAAGGACUCGAUCCACGCGACGUCGGUGAUGGCGGGGUUCCGCCUCGCGAUGAAGGAGUCGAUCAAGUUCAUCCGCGACCAGAUGGUCGUCAAGACGGACAAGCUCGGCCGUGACAUCGCCUUCCAGAUUGCAAAGACGACGCUCUCGUCAAAGAUCUUUGGGCGCGAGUCCGACUUCUUCGCCAACCUGGCGGUGGACGCGAUGGCGAUGGUGAAGGACGUGCACCCCGAGAGCGGCAAGGCGAUCUACCCGAUCAAGUCGGUCGGCAUCCUCAAGCAGCACGGCGGCUCCGCCAGGGACUCGCAGCUGAUCAGCGGGUACGUGCUGCAGGGCGGCCGCGCGGCGCAGGGCAUGCCUCGCUCGGUCAAGGGGGCGAGGAUCGCGUUGCUCGACAUCGACCUGCGCAAGACCAAGAUGGCGAUGGGGGUGAGCGUCGUCGUGACCGACCCCAAGAAGCUCGAGGAGAUCCGCAAGCGCGAGGCGGACAUCACCAAGGAGCGGAUCCAGCUGCUGAUUAACGCCGGGGCGAACGUCAUCCUCACCACCAAGGGCAUCGACGACAUGGCCCUCAAGUACUUUGUCGAGGCGAACUGCAUCGCACUGCGCCGCGUGGACCGCUCGCUCCACGACGCCCUCUGCGCCGUCAAGCGGGCCCUCGAGUCCGCCUCCGUCGUCCCGGGCGGCGGCUGCGCCCUCCUCGUCAUCCCGAAGCAGCUCGCCGUCAACGCCGCGCGCGACGCGACCGACAUCGUCGCAAAGCUCCGCGCAAACCACAACGCCGCGCAGACCGACUCGGCGAAGGCGGAGCUGCGGCGGUACGGCCUCGACUGCGUGAGCGGCAAGAUUCAAAACAACCUGACGGCGGGCAUCAUCGAGCCGGCCCUGUCCAAGGUCAAGAUGAUCCAGUUCGCGACCGAGGCGGCCAUCACCGUGCUGCGCAUCGACGACAUGAUCAAGCUCGCGCCCGAGGAGCAGGGGCAGCCGGGCAUGUAAACAUCACGCGCGGAUUGGGCUGGGCCUCGCGGCUCUGCUCUAUACCACCCGGUGGUCCCGGGUGUGCGGGCAGGCCCCCCACUGCUCAAGAGCCAACGUGCGCGCCACAUCUCUUUAUGUCUGUCUUGUCUAUUCUUGGUUGGACUCAUCUCUGGUUACUGGUAUACGUUCAAAGCGCGGCGCGGAUUGCCC